AUGUCUUUGUUUGAAGUAAAGGGCUGGAACCUUAAAGCCAAUAAGGUUGCCGUUGGAGGCACCGAGUCUAAUGAAAAGAAGAAAUCCAAAAAGAAGGAGAAGAAGGAGAAGAAGAGAAAAUUAGAGCAGGAAGCGAUCGAAGAGGUAGAACAGGCUGAAGCCUCCAAGAAAGCGGAAAAGGCUUCAAAGAAACAGGAAAAGCCACAGAGUCUGAAUAAGAAAGCGAAGAAGGAACCUCAGGCUGCUGAAGCUCAAGAUUCAACUGAAGAUCAGUCUCAAUUCAUCACCAAAGAACCAUCUUCUGAAAGAAAACUUACGCCUUUGCAACAAAAAAUGAUGGCCAAGCUUUCUGGGUCUAGAUUCCGUUGGAUUAACGAACAACUUUAUACUACGACGUCGGAGAACGCAUUGAAGCUUGUUAAGGAGCAACCAGCGUUGUUUGAUGAGUACCAUGAUGGAUUCAGAUCUCAGGUCCAGCUGUGGCCUGAAAACCCAGUAGAUGUCUUUGUUGACCAGUUCAAAGCAAGGACUAAUAAACCUGUGAACGCUCCAGGCGGUUUGCCUGGUUUGCCAGAUAAGAGUAUUGUGGUUGCUGAUAUGGGAUGUGGAGAGGCUCAAUUGGCCUUGGAUAUCCAGAACUUUGUUAAGCAGCACAACCAGAAAGGUCAGAAGAAGAAGGGUAAGGGUCCUGCUGACCGUAAUGGUCCUUCAAGAGCUUUGAAUGUUAAAAUGCACAGUUUUGACCUUAAGAAAGCUAAUGACAGAAUUACCGUUGCAGAUAUCAAGAACGUUCCAUUGGAGGACGAGUCGUGCAGCAUUGUUGUCUUCUGUCUUGCACUUAUGGGCACGAAUUUCUUGGACUUUGUUGAAGAGGCCUACAGAAUAUUGGCGCCAAAUGGAGAGCUCUGGAUAGCCGAGAUCAAGUCUAGAUUUACUGAAUCUACCAAUGCCAAAACCAGAAACGCUGAAGACGUUGGUUCGGAGUUCACCGACAACGACAACAAAAUGUUCACAAGAUUCGAAUUCUUCAAACCCUCCAAGGAAAUUAUAUUGCAGAGAAAAGCCAAGCUUGAAAAGAAGAAGAAGUUCAUCGAGCAGGAAACCAAAAAGGAAGAGCUCGAGCAGAGGAGGAAAGAAAAGCCGAGGGACAAUGGUUAUUGA